UGUCAUCACUUCUCAUUAUAACCAUCAUCAUCACCCAUUUCUACCUGCAUCAUCAUCAUCACUCUCUUUCCUCCAAACCAUUCCCCCCCCUCUCCCCUCUUUUUUUUCUUGCUCCCUUUCCCCUUCCAUCCCAACAAUUCAUCCUUCCAACACGAUGCUUUAAACUUGUCCAAAACCCUAACCCACCCCUUUCCCCCCAUCUUCUCUCUCUCAUACUUUCUCUCUCCUCUUGUUAUAUCACCUCUUGAAGGGACAACAAACAUGGACCUAACCUCCAGCACUACCCACAACACAAACACAACACAAACCUUAGAAGCUGCUAAUACUAUUACUAUUACUACUAAAGCCACCCCACCAAUUCCCACCACCACCCUAAAGUCUCUAUCUUUCACCAACGGCACACUCAAGCGCCACCCCAUCACCACCGUUGCUCCGCCGCCGUCCAUGGUGGUUUCCUACAAAGAAUGCCUCAAAAACCACGCCGCCAGCAUCGGCGGCCAUGCCCUCGACGGCUGCGGCGAGUUCAUGCCGUCCUCCUCCACCGUCCCCUCCGAUCCCCGCUCUCUAAAAUGCGCCGCGUGCGGCUGCCACCGCAACUUCCACCGCCGCGAACCCCAAGAAAACAACCUCAACAACAACCUUAAAAACAACAACCCCACGUUUUUAAACUGCAUCUACAGUACCCCAUCAGCUCCAGCACCACUUUCACACCGAGCCAUGAGCCAAAGCACAUCACCGAGCCUGAGUUCAAGCCCGAGCCACAGCCCAAGCCCGAUAUCAAGCCCAUCACCGCCGCCACUCUCGCACGUGCCACCCUACCACGCUUCAGCGCCACACAUGCUUCUAGCCCUCGGCACUGCUUAUUCUCCUGCACCCUCUGACGAACACCAAUACCAACAAAAAAGCUUCAAUUUUUCGAUGAUGAGGAGCGAGAACGCUAGCAAGAAGAGGUACAGGACCAAGUUCAGCAAGGAGCAGAAGGAGAAGAUGCAUGGAUUCUCUGAGAAAUUGGGGUGGAGAAUGCAGAAAGGGGAUGAUGGGUUGGUCCAAGAAUUCUGCAAUGAGAUUGGGGUCUCAAGAGGGGUUUUCAAAGUGUGGAUGCAUAACAAUAAGAACACUCUUAGGAAGAAACCUGAAGAUGGAAUUGGAAAUGCAAAUGCUCCUCAAAGUAAUAAUGAUGAUGGCAAUGCUAAUGGUGGUAGUGGUGGAUUUGAUAGUGAUAUCAACAACCCCUACAACCCAAAUAGCAACAACAAUGACAAUGAUAUUCACAUGAAUGAAGAAGAUGGGUGUGUCAACAAUGUUGUUCAUGUUUCUCUUAAUGAGAUGUCAUCUUAGCUUCUUAGUCUUUUUUUUUGGUCAAUAAAUUACUUUACUUAGUUAGAUGGGAAAUGAAGCUGGAAGCUCAUGAAUCAUGAUCAUUGAUUUGAUCAUUUUUGUUAAUUAUCAUCUUUUUUGUUUUUUUUUUUGGGAUCAGCUAAGACUAUAGGAAAAUCCAGGUGGCUUAGUUUCUAUUAAAAUGUCAUAUAUAUUAUUAUGUUUAUUUAUGUUCA